AUGAGGACGCUGAUCCGAAGUCUCUACACUCAAGGCCAGUACAACGGAAAGAUUCGGCAAUCGUAAAAGACAGUGUGAAAGGGAAAACCCGGUUGGAUUUCAGAGAAUACUUCUAUUACGUCAGCCAUCACGGAUUCUUGUUCCUCGACGAUUCGCGCAUGAAAAACUUCACCGCCGCCUAUAAAGACGUUCAGUUUCUCAACUUUUUCUUUGCGAAAAUCAAAGAGAAUCGAACGGGACGGUAUCAGGUAUUCAGGAGCAUCGGGGGCGGAGCCACGGAGCAGACUUGCAGGACACAUUUCCGUGGGUCAGUCUGUGCGGAAUCGAGAGAAACUUUCUGCGGUGCGACGACACUCCGCUCGUUUACACGGAAUUGGACGGGAAUUCCGACCGGCUCCGAGUCGGACAAUCGCUCGUUUAUCAUCCGUUUCAGCCAGAAUCUCUGGAAAUGACGUCGUCAGGACGGGUGUAUCACCAGUGUCCGAUCGGCGGAAGAGCUCUUGUGGCAGACAGAUUGACGGACAAACUUUAUCAUCAAUUCGAGUUCGAUUCGGACGGAAAUCCGGUUGGAUUUCGUCACCGAGCACAGACUUUUCGCCUUGAAAAACAACAGAAUUAAUUGUAUAUUUGAACUUGAAUUAUAAUAAAUAUUAUUUUUCCCCAGUUAUUAUUCUUGCAUGCAUUGUGGUGUAACCCAUGAAUACUUCUCGGCGAGAGACGCAGACAAUCAGACAGUUUUGCCUCCCGCUCCCGCGAAGCGCAUGCAAUUUAAAUUUCAAACGGAAUUUCCCAAUUUCAGCACAAAAUGUCAGCUCCGCCGGCACCCAAAAAGGCGAGAAGUCGUGAGGUGAGCUAGGGAGUUUCAAAGAAAAAAGAAAAACGUUGAGUUCAGAGAAUGCACGACGAGUCGGUGGUUUGCGAAGAGGACGAGAUGGAUUCGCCGUUCACGCUCUUCUUUCUCCGACUUCCCGAAGCGAACGAGCAGGAGAAUAAAGAGUUUGAGGGCCUAUUCAAGGUCGGAAAUCCCCAAAAAUAAGAAUAAACUGGAAAGUUGCAGGUGGCUCAUGACUCACUGCUUCUACCCGAAUGGACGGACGUCGACACGGUCGAACGCAUUCAUUCUUCCGACGACUUUUUCAUUGUGCCCUGUUUUCGCGGAAAGUUUUUCAGGAAACUCCAAGAACGAAAACUGAGGUUUCUGCCAGUUUCUUUUUCUGAAAAUUGGAAAUUUGUCGCAUUUCAGAUUAUACGGCACGCCGAUCGUUUUCGAAUGUCUGGAGGAAGAGAAGCAGCUUCCCCUCUGGAAUCAUCCGGUCUUUUCGAGCGUUUUCGAGGGAGCGAAAGUCACUUUUUCGUGUAUGGAACAGGAAAAAAGGGUUCGAAAGCUGCAAAGAUCCUCAAAGUAUUAACACAAAAUGGGCACAUUACAGAGAGAACUACGGGAAAAGGUGGCGUGGAUGGGCGGAGUUGUGAGCGAAGGGCUCUUCCACGAAACGACUCAUUUGGUGUGCGGACGGGCGGAACAGUCGGAGAAGUACAAGGCAGCGGUGAGCAAUUCGAUCCGAGUCAUGCGGACCGAUUGGAUCGACGAGAUGUGGGAGCAGUCGCAGACGGCGAUGGGCAAGUUCAGUGCGAUCACGAGAGACGCCGUCGACGCCUACAAACUGAGAGUGUUCGAGGGACUGGUGAGCGGAUCGUCUGCUCUUUGUUUCCAUCGAACUAUAAUCUUUUCAGACAAUGGCAAUCACCUCGAUCGACGGAUUCGACCGCACGAAUCUGAUCCAAUUGAUACAGGAGCACGGGGGACAGGUUCCCGGAACAAUGUCGAGAACGAAGAGUUCGCAUCUGGUGACGGAUUGCACGAACAGUCAGAAAUACAAGAAGGCGAUGGAAUGGAAGACGAUCAAAGUGGUGCAAACGAGAUGGGUUCGCAAGUGCAUCGAUCUCGGCCAUCUCAUUGAUGAAGCGUGCGGAUCAGUUUAAAAAUUGAAACCCUAAAUAGAUUAACUUUUAGAAAAUACCAUCCAAAAUAUCUGGCAUCCGAACACAUUCGAUCUUCGACGCCGAAACGAGACGCCAACAUGACCGAGACCGGACCCGACGUUUCCUCGAUCUCCGGCCGCGGAGGUCGUCUGAGCAUCUCGACGUUCAACGCCUCGUGCUCCGUGCUCACUCCGAUCACCGCCUCGACCAUAUCCGCCACCACUUCGGUCCGUCGUUCCCUGGACACUUCGAUCGUCGCCUCGUCGACAAUCCAACAGACUUUCACUGCAUCUGCAAGGAAAAACGACAAUUUGUAUAAUCCUUUUGAUGUAUUUUUUCAAACCUUCCCACUCGUUUUCAGUGUCCCGCCUGCAGUUCCGUUAGUCCGUCAUCAGAGCGUCACAGCCACAUCCAUACACGAUCCGAUUGAUGAGCUCCGAGAACGGAUUGGUGGAAUGAAUGAUCUUUUCGAAGUGAUCUUCCCCCUUUCCUUCUUCACUAUUUCUUCUUUUCCAGAAUUGCAUGUUCUUUGUGUGCGGAGUCGAGGAAAAUCGUAUGGAGAAAUGGCGGCGAUUCCUGGACGCGACGGGCGCGACACGCGUGCCGAAGAUCGAAACGGCGACGAAUGUGGUGGUGGUGGCGCCGACGGUCCAAGAGAAAGCAAUCAUUCGGAAGUUCCUCGCGCGGGAUGACAUUGCGAUCGUGAACGUGCACUGGGUGGAAGAGUGUGUCAAGCAGAGACAGGUCGUGUCUCCCGAGGGCUACGAGUGGUCGGACCAGGAGGGCGAUUCUCAGUCGCAACGGGCGGCGCCUUCCUCUGAAACUCCCGUCCCAGUUCCGUCCACCGCGUCUACUCGAUCGCGCAAAACUGCCCUCACCAGCUACUCGGAACCUCCUCCGACUCAAGCCAAAGGCAUCUUUGCGUACGUCACCUCCAACCCCGUACUUUUCUUUUUCAAAAUGAUCCUUCAGCACCCGUUCGUAUGCGGUCCACUCGAGCCUUGGGAAGGCAGUUGCCGAGCAGUUGAAACAGAAAAUUGUGGAGAGCGGAGGGGUGAUUGAGGAGGUUACCGAAAAGGCCGAAAUCGUGGUGUUCGGAGCAACGGCGCCCGUGAACGAGCUGCUGACGUUCGAUGUGGUCGUCACGGAUCUGUACAUUGUGAGUCUCCCAGACUCUCCGAACUCAUUCUCUCUGUUUAGUGCACGUGCAUCGCUAACGAGAUGCGUCUGAAAGUGUGCGAUCACGCGCUCUUCGUCCCGCUCCCCCGCUCUCCGAUACCGCCGCUCAACCAGAUUCGCUUCUUCCUCGUCUCCGAACAUCCUUCCGCCCGCACGUCCGUCAAAGCGAUCAUCGAGUCGAACGGCGGCGUUGUCGUCGAUUCGCCCGAUCAUCCGAAGACAUUCAUCGUGAUGAUGGAUCCGGGCAAAGUGUCGGCGGCGGCCCGUUCCCGGACUGUCGACCUCUCGUGGAUCGUUUCGAGCGUGAGCAGAUGCCGUUUGCAGCCGAUUGGCCAGCAUCUAUACAAGGACGACACGAAGCCGUUGGGCAGAUUCGAACGGGACGACGACGUGUGGAUGAAGUGUCUUCGGGAGAAGGACGUGACUCAGGAGAUGGAGGAAGAGCAGGAUGAGAGGGAUCGCGUGGACGAGGCGCCGAUGGAGUACGAGAAUCGGAAGCCGCUCAGUCCGAUGGUGAAUCCGUACUUCCCCGAUCUCCGGAAGCCGUACAAGAUGAAUUUGCACUUGGACGGAGUAAGUGAGAUCAUCAACAACAUGGAAUCGCCGCCUCCAGAAUCACAAGAAUCCAUGACGACGUCUCGUGUCGGAAGCAUUCUCCGGAAGGCGGUUGUGAACACGGGAAGGAUGCCGGACGAGCCGAUCUUCCGUCCACCGAGCGUAGUGGUGGCGGAAAACAGAAGGACGGUCUCUAGUGUGAGCGAGAAAUUUGAAUGAAUUGUUCUCAACGGAACAUGUGCUUUCAGACGCCGGUUCUCCAACGAAGUGUCGACAGAUUCCCGCCAAUGAGUGACACGUUCGUGAAUCAGAAUCAGGAGCAUCAAGAAGAGCUCAAUCGGAGAUAUGCAAUGCAUCCGCACUUCCUGCUAAGCAUUUCUGAUCUGAGCAAACAAGUGAGCAGUGUUCCAAAGUGCCAGUAAUUCGACAUUGGAAUGUUUUCAGGAAUCAGCAGAGCUUCAAGAGGGAAUACUCCAACUCGGCGGCAUCAUCGACCGCAACUUCAACAGCGACGUCUCCAUUCUCGUCGCCGCCAAACUCGGCAGAGUCCCGAAGACGUUGAGCGCGAUCGCCGCCGGCCGAUGGUGUCUGACUCCGGACUACGUCACGAGAAGCGUCGCCGCCGGGCACUGGCUCGAAGAGGAGCCGUUCGAAUGGAGGACGGGCAAGCUGGCGAACGGUGCAAACAAAAUCGAACGCGAGCUGGCGAGGGUGUGCUCGAUGUGGCGGGAUCACGUCGCUCAGAUGCCAAUCACUCACUCGGUGAGCAUGGAAUCGCGGCAGAACGGAGCAUUCUCCGAGUGGAGAGUCGUGAUCCACGCGGACGACCGAAGCACGCAGUCGAUCACGUCGAUCCUCGAAGCAGGAGGAGCCGCCGUCUUUUCGAUUUCCGAGUACAUAGAGCUGCCCAUUCAUCGACCGACGAUGGUCUUCGCCGCCAAAAACUUCGAAUGGAAUCUACAGGUUUGUGAAUUGCAAUGGAGCGCGCUUCCGACACGUAUAAAACAAAUCGCACAUUUUUCAGAGCGCCGCGAUGCUGAAACGCGACGGGAUUCCCCUUUAUUUGUUCGAUUUGAUAUACGCGUUCCUCGUCGAAAACGGCAAAGCGGAUCGCUCCAAAUAUUUUCAUCCCAGCUACGAAAAAGUGUAA